AUGGCGAAUUCAGAAAGCGGUUCCAAAAUAUUUUCUUUUCACGAUCUGAACUAUUUUCCAACUGUGGAAAGGGGAAAGAUAAAUAUUUCACAGUUCCUAAAAGCAUCAUUGGAUCUAUUGUGUAUUGUUGACAGUCUUGGAAGUAUAAUGAAACCUGUUAAGAAUGAUAUGCAAGGAAACAUUGAUAAAAUUCAAAAUAAAUUUGUGUAUGAUGAAACUUCUUGCUUGUUAGAGCUACUUCAUAAGGAAAUAUCUAAGGAAGAAUAUAAUGGUGCUGAAGCUACAUUAUGGCUCAACAGAGCUUUGCUUUUCUUUGAGCUAACAUUUCAAGAAAUAUUAAAGGCACUAAAAGAUAAGCAGGAAAUAAAUAUGAAAGCAAUUUUCACAAUAGCUUAUGAAGGAUCAGUUAAGAAAUAUCACAACUGGGCUGUACAAAAAUUAUUUAUGGUAAUCUGCAGGCUGUCUCCCACUUUUCCUCAAAUAUUAACAUCUUUAGGUUUAGAAAAUGUUGAACAAUUUGAAACAAAAAUGACACAUUUUAAUGAAUCUUUACAUACAGUAAGGUGUUCAAUUGAUACAUUUUAUGUAGAAAAUUCCUUAUUUUUAGACUCAUAG